CGGCUCCGAGGCGUCGGAAGGGCUUGAUGGCUGUAAAGGGAAGUGGGGAGGAAGGUUAGGCGGGCCCCGGCCUUUUUUCAAAACGACCAGGAGCUUCUUCGCCCCCGGUAGCGCCUUUCUGCUUGUCGGAUGCUCCGAAGUCGAAACCUGGAGGCUGAAGGAACGCGGGCUACGCGAUAAUAAUUAUCUAAAAUUUCCAACAUGCACUGGAUCACUGUUUUAAGAACUGCUUCCUUUCGAACACAGCACUUGCCUGUACAGUUUAGCAUCCUACGUUUGUUUUCCAGUCAUCUUCCAAAUCAGGCUACUGAAAAUUCAGAAAAACAGCUUUCACACCAGCAGAAUGCUGGUACCUCAAAAGGAAACCUGAUUCUCAAAGUUCCCAAGGGUACCAGGGAUUUUAGCCCAAAGCAAAUGGCUAUCCGUGAAAAAAUCUUGAGCACCAUAAUUAGUUGUUUCAAGCGUCAUGGAGCAGUAACAAUAGAUACUCCUGUGUUUGAGCUAAAGGAACUCUUGCAAGAGAACUAUGGUGAAGAGGCAAAGUUGAUUUAUGAUCUGGAAGAUCAAGGAGGAGAGAUGCUGUCUCUUCGAUAUGACUUAACUGUGCCAUUUGCUCGUUUCUUAGCUAUGAACAAAAUUAAACGAUGUAAACGUUACCACAUUGCAAAAGUCUAUAGGCGUGAUAGCCCAUCCAUAAAGAGAGGACGCUUCAGGGAGUUUAUCCAGUGUGAUUUUGACAUUGCUGGCCAAUACGAUCCUAUGAUUCCUGAUGCAGAGUGUUUGAAAGUCAUACAUGAGAUCUUAACUGCCAUGCAAGUUGGAGAUUUCCUUAUCAAAAUCAAUGAUAGACGCAUUUUGCAAGGGAUCUUUACAAUAUGUGGUAUUCCAGAAAUCAAAUUUGAAAGGAUUUGCUCAACUCUUGACAAAUUGGAUAAGAUCUCAUGGGAGGAAGUGAAAAAUGAAAUGAUCCUAGAGGAUGGUAUUUCUCCUGAGUGUGUCAAUCGUAUUAGUGAAUAUGUUCAACUUCAUGGGGGACAAUGUCUCAUUGAGAAACUUCUCAAAGAUCCAAAACUGGCACAGAACAGAUUGGCUAUGGAAGGGCUGGAGGACAUGAAAUUGCUAUUUGAAUACCUUACUCUAUUCGGCAUCGUAGAUCAGGUCUCCUUACAUCUGAGUCUGGCUCGUGGUCUGGCUUAUUACACUGGAGUCAUUUAUGAGGCUGUUUUAUUGUGCCAGAAGCAUGGCCACCUCAAUGAGUCUCUUAGCGUAAGCAGUGUGGCUGGAGGUGGACGCUAUGAUGAGCUUGUAGCAAAGUUCGGUUCAAAAAGACAUAAAGUACCUUGCGUUGGUCUCAGCAUUGGUGUUGAAAGGAUCUUCUCUAUCAUAGAGCAGAAUAAUGAGAUGGCCAAGGAGAAGAUUCGCACAACAGAGACACAAGUAUUGGUGGCAACUCCCCAGAAAAAUUUCCUUACAAUCAGAAUGAAGUUAAUAUCUGAAUUAUGGAAUUCUGGCAUCAAGGCAGAGAUGUUAUAUAAAAAAAAUCCCAGACUACUGGAACAACUGCAAUAUUGUGAAGAAACAGGAAUCCCACUGGCAAUCAUCAUUGGAGAACAAGAGCUGAAUGAUGGAGUAGUGAAACUUCGGGAUGUUGUGACUAGGAAAGAGGUUAAUGUCCCUCAAGAGCAUUUUAUAGAGGAGAUCAAGAGAAGGUUGGAAAAACACAAUACUUAAUUUCAUGUAAUUGACAUUUUAUACUGCUGCUAAGGCUGAUUUAUAUUCUUAUAUCCUGAUGUUAUGGAAUACUGCAGGUUUGUGAAGCACCUGGAGUUGUCUGAUAUUUCUUUCCCUUUUUUGUAAUAAAAUAUUAUUUCACAUUUUAGUCACACAAACUAAGAUUUAAAGAACUGGAUUUGUGUCAUUGUACUUUUCUUAUCCACUAUUGCUAUGUACAUAGGCUUAAGUAUGCUGUCCUUUCAAAAAGAACUAGCUUUGCUGUUAUUGUCAUUAAUUAUGUUCUCCAUUUACAUUGCUAAUCUGAUUUGCAUGUCAGUUCCCAAAUCUGCAGCUAACUACACAGUUGUAAAGCAGUGCUGACAGAUUUGUGAAUGAUUGAUAAAUGUUUUUGACUCAUUGGUUUAGCCAUCUGGCAAAACUCGCCAUCUAUAGUAGCCUGUUGAUCGAUGGCUUUACAGACAUGCAGAGUUUUGAAUCCAUGCUGGUUAAGCCAUCUGUCAAAAUCAAGUGUCUCAACAGAUGCGAUCAUAAAAUAGAGUUUCAUUCUUGAAAAAGUACUUCUUUUGAAAUAACUGAAUUCUCAUGCUUUUAUUCACCGUUUCCCAGAGCUGAUCUGCAGGACACAAAGAGAAUGGACCUGCAAGAGAGUGCUCUGGGAUGAUAAGAGAAGGGUCAUUAUUUCACCAGGCUCAACUGAUCAAUAAUUACCGAUCUGAUCACAUUCCCUGUUGCCACUUGACUACACAACCAACAUGUAUAUCUGUAACAGCCUAUAUUCAGUUGUGGUCUCCUGUGGAUUGUUAACUUGACAUAAGGAAUUUAGGACUGACCUUGGGGAAGGUAUGAAAGAAAUAUUGGAAGGGGGGUGUUGGCAGGAGUAAGAAACUAUUGGGAGAGUGAUAGAAAAAAAUAAACCAGGCCUAAGAUAGAAGGAAACUCAACAUGAUUUUGUUUAUGGUAGUAUAAGAUGGGACAGAGAGAAUCUGAAACAAGCGUCCAAGGUUGUAUUAUAGAAUGGAAUGGAAUAGAAUUCUUUAUUGGCCAAGUGUGGUUGGACCCACAAGGAAUUUGUCUUUGGUGCAUAUUUCAGUGUACAUAAAAGAAAAGAUACAUUCAUCACAAAUCAUUAUUCUAACUCUUAACAAAGAGCAUUCCAGAAUCACUCCCAUGCCUUUUUUUUGAGCUGGUGUGCCUUGAAGGCCUGACAUAUACUCCCACUGGGAAACAGUGUAGCUUAGCUUCAUAUAGUGCAUAUUCCCAUAGGAGAAAGAAGGAGGGGCUGAAGAUAUUGGGGUGGAGGAAAAGCUGAAAAAAUGCAGGUAAACUAAGUACAGAGCCAUUUUAAUGAACUGUUAGAUGGGCGACAAUGAAUUCCAGAGUUACCUUAGGCAUGGAAACUAGUUGAUUGACUUUGGGACAGUUAUUUUCUUUUAGCCUACCUCAUCUCACAGGAUGGAAGUUUGAGGAAAACAGGACGUAAAAGUAUUGUGUACUAUGCGCCUUGGGUUGUACAAAAAUGUGGGUUAUAAAUCUAACAAAGGUUAAUAACUAAAAGGUUAAUAACUAAGACCAAGACUGAAUGUUGAAGUAGUAUGGUUUAAAUAAAGAGCUGGCAAGUAUGAAUUGGAUUUGGGCAGUGGUUAUGUUGUAAAAAGCUUGUUGGAAAGUGGCAUGAAGUUCACAAAAUGAUUCAGGAUAUGUGCCAAAAUAAAAGAGGUAGAUAUAUAAUUGCCUACCCCAUUGCAUAUGGCCAUAGUAAGUGUCAAAAUUAUGAUCAGCAGUUUUACCAACCUAAGAAACUGCAACUGCCAGCCUGCUCACAGAGUUAUCAGUCACUAUUGACAGAAUCCUUCCUUAACUUUAGCAAAUAGGUAAAGAGUAGAGAAAUACAACAGAGGUACCUUCCUCCCCCAUACGCACACCAAUCAAGCAACAUUAUUGGGGGGGGGGUGUAUAUCCAGUUACAUAUUGCUCUGCAGUUUAAAAUGUCAAGCAGCUUCUCUUAAUUCAAAAUAGCCAACAGAAAAAGGGAAGAAUGGAAUGAUGUAUUUGGUUGUGAAUCAUGUUUUCAAACUCGCUAUUUGUUUAAUAAAAGUAAAAAAUUCCAAAA